AUGCCGCGUGAGGUCGGACAGGCAGAGGUUGCGAUAGUCGUGAGUGGCACCCCGAUUGUCACAGCCCAACGGCAAGAGGCGGAGGUCGCGGUUGCUGCCGUGGCUAAACGUCGGCGCGAGGGGUCCGGGGGAGGUGUUAGGCGGAACGGUGGUGCUGGCGGUGAUACUGUGAUGACUGAGGUGUCAAAAAACUUGCAUGUGGCGGGUUCUGGGAGGAGUGGUGGUUUAGCUCUCUUGUGGAGGAGGAAUAAUACAACUAAGUUACUCAGUUUUUCGAAGAAUCAUGUGGAUGUGGAGGUGUCUAUUGCGGACUUGGAAGUCUGGAGGAUGACUGGCUUCUACGGAUUCCCGGAGCGUACUAUGAGGAGUGCAUCAUGGGACCAAUUGCGGACUCUCGUUAGUAGGUCUACCCUCCCCUGGGUUGUUGUGGGAGAUUUUAAUGAUCUUUUAUUCCAGCAUGAGAAGCGAGGGGGUAUUCCGCAUCCUCACAAUCUCCUUCGCGGUUUUGGGGAGGUGGUGGAGGAGUGUGGUCUUGCUCAGUUACCCAUGAAUGGUUAUCAGUUUACAUGGGAGAGGGGGAAAGGAACUACGGAGUGGAUGGAAGAAAGAUUGGAUAAAGUUCUUGCAGGUGCAGAUUGGACUAGCUCACUCCCUGGGGCUAGUGUUACCAAUAUUCUGACUCGUACUUCAGAUCAUUCGGCUCUCUAUUUGGGGGUCAGGGAUGAGGUGCGGGGGCAUCGUAGUCUGCAAAGAACGUUUAAAUUUGAGAUGGCAUGGGUCUAUGAUGAGGGGUGCAGGAGGCAGGAGGGCAGAGGGGCCGGUUUGCUUGACUGUCUUCGUUACUGUGGUGAAAGGCUGUUAGAGGCGCAGGAAGAUGCUUUCUGGAGACAAAGAGCGAAACAACAUUGGUUAAGGGGUGCGGAUGCCAACACCAAGUUCUUUCACAAGUAUGCUUCUGCCCGUAAGAAGAAGAACUUUUUAUCUAGAUUAAAGAAUGACUCUGAUGUGUGGGUGGAGGGGGAGGGUUUGAAUGCUGUCGUGCUUGAUUAUUUUAAUGAUAUCUUUGCAUCGAACAAUUCUUCCUUUUCUAUGGAUGCUUUUGUUGGGUCUGUUGUUCCACGUGUUACCCAUGAUCAGAAUGAGUCCCUCUUGCGGCCUUUUGAUGCGGAUGAGGUAAAAACUGCUCUGUUCUCUAUGUUUCCUGAUAAAGCUCCGGGGCCAGAUGGCAUGAAUCCUGGGUUUUAUCAACAUUAUUGGGAUGUGGUAGGAAACGAUGUCUCUUCCUUUGUUUUAAAGUGUCUAGAUGAGGGCACUAUUCCAGAUGGUCUCAAUAAUACCAAUGUUGUUCUUAUUCCUAAGAAGUCCAGUCUUGAAAAGGUGGCUGAUCUCCGGCCCAUUGCCCUCUACAAUGUAGUUUACAAGAUCAUGGCUAAAAUGGUGGCCAACAGGAUGAAACCUUUGUUAGGGGAAGUGAUUUCUGACUCUCAAAGUGCUUUUAUCCCCAACAGGCUUAUUACUGAUAAUAUACUAGUGGCGGCUGAGGUGGGCCAUUACUUGAACCGUAAGCAGUGUGGAUUGGUUGGUUGGGCUGCCUUGAAGUUAGACAUGGCCAAGGCUUAUGACCGUAUGGAGUGGUCAUUUUUGCGUACUAUGUUGGUGGCUCUGGGGUUUCAUGAAAGGUGGGUGAAUUUGGUUAUGUUAUGUGUAACCACAGUUUCCUACAACUUUCUUGUCAAUGGUGUGAGUGCAGGUCAGGUUACUCCUACUCGGGGUAUCCGACAGGGAGAUCCACUAUCCCCGUAUCUGUUCAUAAUCUGUGCUGAGGGACUCUCUUUACUACUACAACAGGCUGAAGCAAGAGGGGAUUUUCAUGGUUGCAGAGUGGCUAGGGUUGCACCUCUGGUUUCGCAUAUAUUCUUUGCAGAUGACAGUCUCUUGUUCUUCAAGGCUACCAUGCAGGAGGCAGGUGUUAUCAAGCAUUGCCUUACUGACUAUGAGAACAUGUCCGGCCAGACAGUUAACUAUCAUAAAUCUAGCGUGUGUUUCAGUAGGAACACAUCAGAGGCUGAUAGAUACGAGGUGGCUGCGGUUUUGGAUGUGGUGCAGGCAUCCAAUUUCGGGAAGUAUUUGGGGCUACCAUCCUUUAUAGGGAGAGAGAAAAGGGCAGUUUUUUCAUAUAUUGAAGAUAGGAUUAAGCACAGGAUUGGGUCAUGGAGUAAAAAGCUUAUUUCACAGGCAGGGAAGGAGGUACUCCUUAAGAGUGUGGCACAGUCUAUGCCUACAUUCUCGAUGAGUGUGUUCUUAAUUCCUGAUUCUGUUUGCAGUUCUAUUGAAAGAGCCAUGAACCGUUAUUGGUGGAGGACUGGUUGUGAGAGUGGUAUUCAUUGGAAAGCCUGGGAUCAUUUGUGUAUUCCCAAGAAGUAUGGGGGUCUGGGGUUUAAGGAUUUGAGAGCUUUUAAUCUUGCAAUGUUGGGCAAGCAAGCCUGGCGUUUUCUGACAAGGCCUCAUUUUUUGGUUGCAAGAGUUUAUAAAGCCAGGUAUUAUCCUAAAGUUUCUUUCAUUGAUGCUACUCUGGGCAGUAACCCAAGUUUUUGUUGGAGAAGUAUUAUGGCUGCACAUGAGAUGGUCUGCACUGGGGUUCGGAGGAGAAUUGGGGAUGGAAAAUCGACUCUCAUUUGGGGACACCCAUGGUUGCCUGACGAUCCGGACCCCAUGGUACACACUGCUAUGCCACCCGAGUUAAGUGGUGCUUUGGUUUCUGGUCUAAUUGACCCUGCUACGGGUACGUGGGAUCAUGCCAUUGUACAUGAUAUUUUUCUCCAAAGUGAGGUACAACGCAUCUUGAGAAUACCAAUUUCCCCACAAUAUGAGGACAGCUGGUACUGGAAGGGAAACCCAGGGGGUAAUUACACUGUUAAGGAUGGCUAUAGAUGUUUUAUGGGUAAUUUUGAUCAUACCCCGGGUGUUUUCGAUAAAUGGUUACAUCUUUGGAAAAUCAAAUGCCCUGCUAAGUGGAGAACUUUUCUUUGGAGAGCCUUAACCAAUACUCUUCCUACCACAACAAAUUUGAUUAUAAAGAGGGUGGAGGUUGAUCCAGCAUGCCCAAUGUGUGGUCUUAUGCAUGAAAACACAAUGCACUCACUUGUUUUGUGUGAAUAUUCAAGUCUUGUUUGGAAUGAGUCUCCAAUACAUGUACCUAGUGUGAUUGGACAUGAUUUUGGUGCUUGGUUUGAUGGUGUGAUUACUGUGUUAACACAAGACAACAUUGUUUUUGUUAUAGCAGUAUUGUACCACAUUUGGAAGGCUCGGAAUUCGGCGAUCCUUACUCCUGAAACUAACACCCAGCAGUCUUCCAUGGCUUCCACUCUAAUGAAAGAGGCUCCUCCCCACUCUCCAAGGCCAUCUCAGGAGAAAAAGCCUCAGGUUUCUGCUUCACCUAGCCAUGGUGUUGCCCCUACAGCAAAGUAA